UCCAGUAUGUUCCUACAAUGAGUGGGAUCCGUUGGAAGAGAUCAUUGUCGGUCGAGCAGAAAGUGCCUGCGUUCCACCAUUCACAGCGGAAGUGAAAGCGAACGCUUAUGAGAAACAUUUACCGUUUUUCGAGCAAAAUGCUGGCAAGUUGUUUCCACAGGAACAUGUCGCGAAAGCAGUCGAGGAGAUUGAGGAAUUUUGCCGAGUUUUGGAACAUGAGGGAGUGACUGUGCGCAGACCCAAGAUCUUGGAUCAUACCGAGGUAAAUAUUAUGCACUUAAUAAUGUCUGCUGCCAGAGGAAAUAGUUUUCUCGACAGCUCAAUGUUUCCUGAGUCGAAGUCGAGGAAAACAUUGAGAUUCUAGGGAAAACAAAACUAACUACUGGGUGUGGGGUGUCCCCCAAAAAACUGGACACUGUUUGAUAUCAUGUAACGUAAAAGCUAUAAAACUUAUCGCAAUCAAAUAAAGAUCAUCGCAUUUAGAAAAGACUAACUUAGAUUUUCAUACUGGGUGGGGCAAAAAAAAGUACGACUGUUUGAAUUGCUGCAAAAGCAAAACUAAAAGAGCAAUGACACUAAAACAAGUUUAGUGGCAUUCAUCAAUAUCCAACUUAAAUUUUGAUAUAUGCCAUGCACAUUUCGAUGCCAUAUUGAAAAAGAUACAUGCAUUUAAACAGGAGUAAACAUUUUUGGAACUGACGAAAUUAACUAAAAAUGGCUUAUUAAAUAUUAAUAUAUACUCAAAUUGUGUGGUUGCUGAUCAUGUGGCACAUUCUAGAUUUUAUGUUUCAAAUAGCCCCAAAUAAAAAAAAAUGCAUACUGUUAGAUCAGGGGAGCGAUGGCAAAGGCCAGUCAUCACCUUUACUCAUAACGCAGCCAGGGAAUUGUUUUCGAAGGUAUUGCAUUGCUGGUAUGAGAAGGAGCUUCAUCUUGCUGCCACCACAUGUCAUCCCUAUCGAUAUUUUGAACACGAAUGUCUCUCUGUACAACGUUGUAACGAAUGAUUCGGAGAUACUCUCUCGUGUCGAAAUUUCUUUCAACAAAGUGUGAGCCAAUAACAACUGACCUCGUCAAACCAACCCACUAAUUGAAACAACAAUCGCGAGAAAAUGGUAAUGGUUAUUCAAUUGGUUUUAAUAGUGCCUUUUUACCUAAUUCUCGGCGGUUCCAAAAAUGUUUGCUUUUGUUUAAACACAGUUAUCUCGGUCCAUAUUGCAUGAAAAGGUACAAGACAUAUAUCAAAAUUUAAGUUAAACAUCGUAGAUGAUACUGUGACUUAUUUAAGUGUAAUAGCUCUUUUACUUUUUAAGUCAUUGUAAAUCAAACAGUCGUACUUGUUUUUGCCCCACCCGGUAUAUAACACUUUAUGAUUGCUAUGAUCUUUAUUUGAUUGCGAUAGCUUUUACGUUACAUGAAAUCAAACCAGUGUCCAGUUUGAUGUUUCGAAUGCAAAAAAAGUUAUAUUUACCAUCUUUUUCAUUAUAUUCUUUUAAAACAAAACUUACCCACAGUGCCAUUACAUAUACAAUAUUUUGUCAUCACCAUUUCAUGAAGUUUUCAAAGUCUCCUUUGUACUGAUAUCGAGAAACCAUGAUUUUUCUUGAAAAACGCUGUAAAAGGAAAACAAUCAAUCAAAAAGCAUCAAUUAAAGAACCAGUCGCUAUUUAUGUCGAGGAUGGCAUGCACAAAGAGAAAUGAUUUACUUGGUAAAAAUGCUCCUCAUCCAACCAUUAAAAAGUAAAAAAAAUUUAACCAAACUAAAAUAUCAAUUAAAGAAUAUAUACCCACUCCUGCUAAAAACGUUACAAAAGGAUUUAUUUACCACUUCUCUGACAUGAGUUUGAAAACUGCUUGUGCAAUUUUCUGCAGUGUAAAUUUUCAUGUUGUCUGCACAUGUACUUUCUUUGCACAUGAUCAAAAUAGUGACUCUGGUUGAUUUACAUAUUGUAUUGAUAUAUGACUGUUGACAUUGCCUUUUAGUCUUCAAUAUUUUAGUGAGUCAAUGAUUUGGAAACGCAAUAAUAAGUUUUUAUUACCCAAUCCUUGAGUUGUUUUGUUUUUCAUUUACCCAACCUUUUACUCACUCAAAAUUUUUAGUUUACCCAACCCUUUUCUCUUCUGUGCCACCAACCCCCACCUCCAGAAAUAAUGACCGAUUUCUAUCUUUGUUAUAGACUUUUCAAACUCCUGAUUUCACGUCGACUGGAAUGUAUGCGGCGAUGCCUCGCGAUAUUUUGCUGGUUGUCGGAGAAGAGAUUAUCGAAGCACCGAUGUGUUGGAGAUCAAGAUUUUUUGAAUACAGAGCUUAUCGAGAUCUCAUGAAAGAAUAUUUUCAUGCUGGAGCAACUUGGACUGUCGCUCCUAAACCAUUGAUGGAUGACACGCUGUAUGAUAAGGUGGGAAAUUUUCAGAUAUGAAAAAUUAUUACUUCAGGGAUUAUGUUAAGAAUUUUUCAAUAGUGUACACUAGAGAGAAUGAAUAUGCCAUUUCAGGAAAUUAGGAGUGCUUAUUUUCACCGGCGGUCGAAAAAAUUGUGUUUGUCGCAAAAAUGCUGCUCGCACCCAACUUGCCCCCCAUGAAUACAGAAUGACCGACACACCUGCCCAGAACCGCCCUAGUAUUUAUUAAGGUCCUUAGUAAUUCGAUCAGUACAGGUCUGAAAGUAUAAGGAUGAUCAGCAGAACUCCCUUCUUCAGAAAUAUGACAAUUAUGAAUCUGCUUUUAAAGUUUCUUUUAAAAUCUACCGUAUUCUCAUUGGUCUUUGUUGCUGUAUUCACAGGAAUUUGCAAACCUUCCAAAUGAAGAGCGUAACAAGCUAGUACUAGGAGGAAAGUUUAUCACCACCGAACAUGACAUUUGCUUUGACGCGGCGGAUUUUAUGAGAUGUGGGACAGACAUAUUUGCCCAACGUAGCCAGGUAACUGUAUUCCUGAUCGACCAACUAACUGAAUGACCACACGCCCGACCAUCCACUAACCAAAAUGAUGAUUGAUCGACCAUCCAACCAAGCAGGCAAUCGACCAACCAAUCAACCGACUAACUGUCACCACUAGACCUGGUGACGGACCUACCAACCAACCUGAUGACUGACCGACCAUCCAACCAACCAACCAACCGACCGACCGACCGACCGACCGACCGACCGACCGACCGACCGACCGACCGACCGACCAACCAACUGACCGACCAACUGUCUCGCUCGACUUGAAUGAUGCACAACCGACAUUCAACCAAUCAACCUGCAUUACCAAUCGACCCAUCGAGGAUCGACCGAUCGACCGACUGACCGAUCGAUCGACCGACGACUCGACUGACGACCGACUGAUUCGAUCGACACCGACUGACUUGACUGAUCGAUUCUAGACUGACCGACUUAAUCGACUGAUGACUGUCCGCCCGCCUGACACCAGAUGACUGACGUUCGACUUACCAAUCGACGAAAUGACUCUUCCAUAAUUAAUGAAAAUCUUUAGGUGACCAACAACUUCGGUAUCGAAUGGAUGAGACGACAUUUGGCUCCAAAAGGCUACAGAGUUCAUACUGUAUCUUUUGAAGAUCCUAAUCCCCUGCAUAUCGAUGCUACAUUCAACGUGAUUGGACCUGGUCUCGUCCUAUCUAACCCCGAUCGUCCCUGCCGUGAAAUAGAUAUGUUUCACAAAGCAGGAUGGCAAGUGAUUAAACCACCAACACCAUUGAUUUCUGAUGAUCAUCCUUUAUGGAUGUCAUCUAAAUGGUUAUCAAUGAAUGUUCUUAUGUUGAAUCCGAAGAGGGUGGUCGUUUCAAAGCAUGAAUAUACAACACAAAAGGUAGGCCAACAUAACAGUCAGAGGUGUAGUUAAAAAUGAAAGGGCUGAAUUCUGAGCGCUAGUUUGACCUCAAAGAGGGCAUUGAAUUCUGAGCAUUGAAUUCUGAGCAUUGAGCAUUGAAUUUUGAGCAUUGAACUGAGCAUUCUGAGCAUUGAAUUCGCUAGUUUGACCUCAAGAAGGGGGAAAAAACAUAUUUUAGCCACAAAUCGUGCUUGCAUGAUGACGAUUUGAUCACAAAGGUAAAAAAAAAAACACAUUGAACCCAAGUAAAAUUCUAUCGUCCACUGGAGAGGAUAACAUUUUUCACCUUAUUAAAUUGACUGGAGAUUCAGGAGAUGUCUACUAUGAAAUCAACUUGGGAACAUUUCGAACCCUGAAUUGCACGAAUCGCAGUGCUACCAUGCAACGCAAAAUGUUUUAAAAUGUUAAAAAUAUUAAGUUUGCUAAUCUAAUUGAAUAUUUGAAUUAUGCUUAAUUGAUUUUCCUAGUUUUUUGGCAGAUUGAUUAGAACUUUCACGAAGUGUGAUUGUCCAACACAUGGACAGUGGAACUCGAGAUACCGAUAAAACCCCCAUAUGACAAAAAUUCCGUCGAAAAAACCCCACCGACAAUAUCCUGGCGAACGAAAACCUAAAUUACUGAAUUCAGAUAAAACCCUAAAUUUUAGUCCUGAGUGAAAUAUAAAAAACUACCAAAAAUAGACCUACAGUAACAAUUAAGAAACCUAUGUGUCGACUUUAGACAUGGAUACAAGACGUUGGGGGCAAACACGGCGUCGAUCACAACAUUCGAAUUCGUUAGUCACAUGAACAGUAAUUUUUUCAUAUUCCUUCUCUUUACUCUUAUUUAUUUUUACAGUAUUUUUUCCACUUGUUCUAUACAAAUUAUAUUGAAUAUAUUGUGUUAAAAAGUUUGUUCUGAUAAAUUUAAAAAAUUGAUCAACAGAAAUGAGGGUUUUUGUCUGAAUUCAGUAAUUUGGAGGUUUCGUCGUCGGGGGGAUUUUGUCGGUGGGAAUACUGUCGACGGGUUUUUUUGUUUUUUUUUGGUUUUUUAUUACGCCCGUAAAAAUAUCAAGUUACUUACAUUUAUUUUUCUAUUGUUUUGGAUAGGCUAGGAGCCUUCUAGAAACCUACUAGGCUUUUUAAUUAAGACCCCUAUAGACUAUACUUACAUUACUUCAUUCUAUUUAGUCAGUUCGAAUAAUAUGUAACAAGUAUAAAAUAAAACAUUAACAUGCAUAUAAACUUAAUUAUAUAUAUUCGAAGUGGAGGAUACUAUAUACGUAUAUUUACAGUAAAGAAAGUGAUAAUAUAUUUUAAACCAUUAUACCUCAAUUGUUGAAUAUAUGAUUUAUAAGAGAAAAUAAAUUUGAAUUUAGAUGCUAUGUUAUUCCAAACAUCAACUCCUUUGUUAGAAAGAGUAUGGAUUACAUAAUUCGUUCUUUUAUAAGUCUUGUGAAGCUUAGUUGCAUUCCUUGUGCCAUGCUCAUGUAUUUUAUUAUUGGGUAUGAAAUAAUUUGUUAAUAUUUCAUAAUAAUGUUUCUGGUAAAUUCUUCAAAUUAUGAUAUCGAAUUAUGACAUGUGGGGCUUUUGUGUAAACUGUCACGCAUUCCAUCUGUUAGCUGUCGUGAACACAUGUCAUUUGAAGUUGACUCAUAAAAUACAUAGCUCAAACUCACGUAUUCGCAAUGCAAACAUUGUGUGAUCUACGAUUAUCGUUUGUUUUAGAUGUUUGAGGAUCUUGGCAUCGAGUGUAUCCCUGUGGAUAUUACGUAUGCCAUGUCGCUGGGCGGAGGAUUUCACUGCUGGACCACUGACGUGAGAAGACGUGGAACAUUAGAAACAUAUUUUAAUACUUGAAAUUCGUAAAAAUAGGAUCAAUUUUGAUGUGAAAAUAUCAUUGGGCAAAAGUUUGGUUUUUGCUAAAGUUUUUCUUUUCAGUUUUAAAGUUAGGUACAGUCGAACCACUGCCGGGUUUCCACUCAUGACGACUAGUGUUGUGGCCAAGUGACUGUCGAUGAUGCAUGUGAAAUAGUCUGCAGCCUUCUUGAAUUCUGCGUGCUAUACAGUAUGCCAAUCAGUCUUUUCUUAUUGCAGAGAUAUAGCACUGCUCAUUACAUCGGCUAUGUCAAUAUGUUUGCAAUUGUUACGAGUAAAUGGGACGAGGCAGCUAGCCAGUCUUGGCUUUCUUGUAGGUUUUUUGCAUAAUAAAAAAAUUAUUGGACUCGACUUACGCAUGAUAUUACUUAACAGUUAUGCUGCGAAUUCGAGUCGUAUAUGAGCCGAUAGCAGUCGUAAUCGACGAUCGAAAGUGAGUAGAAUAAUUGUUAUAUUAUUAUAUAGUACUGUAUUCGUAGACUCUAAGUAUGGCGAUAUUUUGACAAUUCACAGAACUGACAACUUGGC